AUGACUUUCCAACUCAAGGGCAGCUACAGUAAAAAUGCUCGAGGACAGGUACUUAUAGACCUUGUCUUCGAUUUUAUCGAACUCCUUGAACGGGACUUUUUUGGCUUGCAAUACAAUGAUUUUAACUGCAAUCCUGGACCUUUAUUGCGAUGGCUUGAACCCUCAAAGUCAUUAAAAAAACAGUUGAGGGGUAAGCUAUUACUUAUUACACUUGUCUCCUGGUAUUCUUCAUACAUGAAUCUCAUUUAAUCAUUCACGGACCCAGGCAUAACCAUGCACCCCCUUGUGAAAUCAAAUUUAAUCAGUCCUUUGUUGUUUUCUUGCAGGUACCUGGUUUACCUUCAAGUACGGAAGGAUGUGCUUAGCGGAUCAUUGACCGCGACUGCCCCAAUUUUAGCAAAAAUGGCCGGACUUUGCCUGCAGAGUGAAUUAGGCGAUUACUCUGUAGAGGACUGUAAGCCGGGUUACACGAAUCAUAUUCGUCUAGUUCCAAAUCAGACUUCCGACUUUGAAGUGGAAGCUACUGAGGCUCACAAAUCUUACCGUUCGUACGUACCUGCAGCAGCUGAGCUGGAGUAUCUCAAUAUUGCCAGGCGCCUCGAUCUAUACGGUGUUCAUCCCCAAGACGUAAUUAUUGGUCUCCCCUCUGUCCCAUUAGUUCCCCUCCCCAAACUGUGCAUUGGAGCGCACGGUAGUAAAUUCUACAAUCAGCCGAGCAACCCGAAAUGUCAUCUAGAAAAUUUUUUGAGUGUAAUUUCUGUAAAACACACAGAAUUCUUUCUUUUAUUUACCUCCAGGGACAACAUUGAGAGGAUAUCCUUCUCCAAGAAAGCCUUCGCUGUGCACCUAAAACGCCCAUCGAGAGCUUCUAGCCUUACAAAAGUGGAUCAUUCACUUGAGUUAUCGACUACCCUAGGCAACACCAGACUCAACCGAAGUCCCACAUUUACUUUUGAUUCUGCAAAGAGAGCCAAGGUCUUCUGGCAGUUCGCAGUGACCUGUCACACAUUUUUUCGAGUCAAGGAACCGACUGGAAUCACAGCUUACUCUGCUGUAAACGGUAAAAGCGGGAGUCAGUCGAACCCCAUUUCCGCCACCGCCGCUUUCUCGAACCCCCAGUUGCUUCCCUACUCAUCCUCCUCCCCAAGUGGCUUUUCUCGCCUAUUUCUUGGGCGCGGUGCCAGAACGCGGAGAAGCCUUAGCGUUGGCACAGCCGGCCCUGGGUUGGAGCGCACAAUGUCGACGUUAAUGGAGUUGCGACGGCGGUCGAGAAGCAUCGAGCGUGGUUUUCUUAGGGGUGUGAGCAGACGUUUCACUCGACGUCAAAAUUAUGCGCCACCAGGAAGCACACUGUCAGUCAGCGUUCUUAACGCCUACGAGUCUCGGGACAGUCUAGGGAUGCAGAGCGUUCCGUCUUUACUUGGUGAUACAACUCAACUGCAGCAUCAGCCACCGGACUAUGCUGCAACCACCCCCGACGAGGAUAUCACUGCGCUUCAACGACAGCACUCUGAAGAUCGUGGCUUGACUCAAUCUGCCACGAAAUUAAAAUCCGAUCGUGCGUUUCCCCGGAAGUUCAGGUCGUCAGCGCCUCCACUUUCCCGAGUAAGGGCUCUAAAUAUUUUAGUUCGUAACUAUUAG